CCCUUGGCAUGUGCCCUGUUAAUGUAUUGAUCCUUAGUGUUUUGAUCACUGGGUGAUGAUGUAGGCCUAGACUAGAUCAUUGGUUCUCUUAUAUGGAAUAUAUUUAGUUAGACUGUUUUACCUUCUCAACGAUAAUUGAAGUUCUGCAGACUGCAGCAAGUCUAAAAACUCGGUGAUUACAGUAAAAAAAAUGGUGGUAUUCCUCUCCGAUAAAGCUGAAAUCAAUAGAAAUCUUGGUGUGACUGAAUCGCACCACCAAAGUAAUACAGCAGAGUGCAGUAGAGAGGUGGAAUUGCGGUAUCCAGACAUCAACAAUCAACCACGACUGUUUUUUCCCCCCCUCCAAGAAUCAUAAUCAACUGUCGAUAGUAUCUUCUUCUCUGUCAGGAUGGCGGACCCCAACACUAAACAGAUGCCACAGAAAAGUGCCAACAUUGCAGCUGGAGCUGUUGUGUGUGUAGAGAGUGAAAUUAGAGGAGAUGUGACCAUUGGUCCAAGAACAGUGGUCCACCCCAAAGCACGUAUUAUAGCUGAGGCAGGCCCUAUUAUCAUUGGAGAAGGCAACCUGAUUGAGGAACAGGCUCUCAUCAUUAACAGUUAUCCAGAAAAUAUUAUGCCUGACACUGAAGGAGUUGAACCCAAGACCAUGACGAUUGGAAUCAACAAUGUGUUUGAAGUCGGUUGUGUCUCUCAAGCAUUGAAAAUUGGUGACAACAAUGUCAUCGAGUCAAAAGCGGACCUAGGGAAGAACGUCAUUCUCACCAGUGGCUGUAUCGUCGGCGCUUGUUGCCAGGUGAAUACGUGUGAGGUCAUUCCCGAGAACACAGUCAUCUACGGGUCUAACUGCAUGAGGCGUGUGCAGACAGAAAGACCUCAGCCUCAGACGCUCCAGCUAGAUUUCCUCAUGAAGAUCCUGCCCAACUACCAUCACAUGAAGAAGACUGUCAAAGGAACCUCCACCCCUGUCAGAAAUUAACCUCUGACUAACCAAAGAUCAGCGGUCCCUGACACUCACCAGACCUUAACAAUGAAAAGUGUAGAGACUAAAUUUAUCCUAGACCUGAUGUCCAAGAUCUGUUGUCCUACAGCUAUUGUCCUAGACCACGUAAGAAGUAGUUUCUCUCCUCUGAGGCAUGAGUGCACAUUCCUAGCUUUUCUCAAUUCCCAAGCAUAAGAGAGAGAGUCCAUAUGCAGCACUCCAUUGGGUCAUUAGCUAAACCAAUAGUAAUACAGUUCCUGGUUUUGUUUCUUAUUUGUCUAUCUUGCUCUUUUUAUUGUAUAAUUUUUUUAAUUGUCUGUUCAAAUGUCAUAUGUUGUUUUUCUGUCUUAAAUUUAGCAGAUUCAGUUAUGUUAAUGUAUAUUUUUCAGCUUUGGUUGUUGUGAAAUUAAAAGCUAUUUAAAAGAAACAGUACAAAUUAA